GCCCCUCUGAUGAUGACAUCAGCAAUUUUCCGCGCGCACGCGCAGUUCGGUCGGGCGAUCGCGCCACACACUCGACUCUCUCGCACGCAGCUUCCACGCCCUAACUUCAGCACCAGUCACUUUUGCUUACCUCCUACUACACCGCGGCAACAGUGGAUCCUCCAGCACGAUGCUCGGCGAGAUUCUGCAGUGGAUAAAGAGACGGAAAGUAGUGGUUCUCGUAUUGGUGUUCAGCUUCAUCGUCAGCGGUCUAAUCAUCAAUGUUCUAGAGUUCGCCACCUUACCCCUGUACUUUAUCAACAAGAAAUGGUUCCGGAUCAUCAACACAAAGAUUGUCUAUCUCCACUGGUGUGUGAUACCGUGGGCCCUGGAGAGCUGGGCAAACUCCACGGUUGACGCGUACGUGGACGAGAGUGUGCCGGACCCACAGAACAUGAUCAACAAGGAGCACGCCAUAAUCACCAUGAACCAUCCCGGAGACCUGGACUGGAUGUUUGGUUGGGUCGUCAUCAAUAAAUGCGGCAGGCUUGGAGGUACCAAAGCCAUAAUGAAAGACGUGGCUAAGUACCUGCCGGGGAUCGGAUGGACCUUCCUCUUCAUGGAGUACCCUCUGCUGAAGAGAGAUUGGACCCACGACCAGAGCUGCCUCGUCAAGGCCUGCGAAAAUCUCAAAGACUACCCCGUCAACAUGCUGUUGUGUCUAUUUGCAGAGGGUACAAGGUUCACAAAGGAAAAGCACCGAUUGAGCAUGGACUUUGCCCGUUCUCGUGGCUACCCUGUCCUCAAACAUCACCUGUUCCCCAGGACCAAGGGGUUCUGUCUCCUCAUGAAACAUCUCAGACAGACAGUUCCUGCAAUUUAUGACAUCACCAUUGUAUCUCGCGGGGACGAUCCUUCGUUAUUGGACGUCAUCAACGCAAAGCCUUCAGCUGCCGAUGUCCUAAUCAGACGGUUCCUAACGGCAGAUCUACCAGAGAGUGACUCUGACCUGGCCGAGUGGCUCAUCAACCUCUACAAGGAAAAGGAUGACCUGGUGGAUUACCACAUCAAGAACGAGAGGUUCCCGGGCCGCGUGAAGAAGGUUGACCUCCCGACAACCUAUUUGCCGGACAUCAUUGUCCUGAUGUGGGUGUGUCUUCUCGGAGUCCCGGCCGUGUUCACCGCACUCUACCUGGCCUGGGCUGGAGCCUGGCUUACUCUCGGAGUCAUCCUCGCAGCCAUCUUUGUCGCUGACCAGUUGUUCCAGUACCUAGCCAACGAGACAGUUACUGAGAAGUCCGCCUCAUCGUAUGGCCUUCAAUCCUCCCCCACCUCCUCUUCCUCCUCCACCACCACCACCACCAACACAGCGUCUACUACUGCUGCUACUGCCGAGGACCUCAAUAGAACAACACCAGGGAAUGCUACUACAUCCCCAGAGGGCAACAAAUCCUCCUCAGAGACUAAAAAGGAUCAAUAGUCUUGGGUUCUGUUUAGUAUGUUGUUGUGUUCUAUGAUCGAGUUUGUGACGCUUGCUGAAUAAGCAC